AUGGGCCCCGGCGAAGUGAUCCCGCCACGCACAGGCAGACGACUGCUCCAGGGCAAAGGUACGCAAGUCCGGGUGGACUCCAACACGACCGCGGGCGGCGUUUUGGACUUGUUCAGCAAUCUCACGGCGGGCGCGGAGGUGAUACUGGAUGCGGAGAGGAUAGAGAUUGAUGGCGUGUUAAGGGUGGAUGUGCCCAAUGUGCUGGUGACGGGCGUCGUGGCGGGAAGGGAGGAUGGCCCGACUGUCUUGUGUGUCAGCGGCGAUGCCGCCCUGGAAGUCAGGGCCAGUGGUGCAAAGCUCAGCAAUUUCACCAUACGAAACUGCACGAGCACCGCCAUCAGGAUCAUCAAACCUCCUGAAGAAAACAGGAGUCUGAUCAGCGUGGAGGUCAGAAAUGUCACAUUCAAAGACAACAAUGACUCAAACAGCAGCGCCUUUGGACAGACAGGAGGGGGUGGCCUUAGCGUCGAUGGCGCCAGUGUGAAUGUCACCAACUGCGCUUUUGAGGGGAAUGGGUGGAGCAUCGGGGGCGGAAUAUCUGCAUUCAAUUCUAAUCUCACUGUUCUGGGCAGUCUGUUCCUUGGCAACACUGCCAGGCUGACUGGCGGCGCCAUCAGUGCCGAUGCCAGCACCGCGCCAAGUGAAACUUCAUUAAUAAUCGAGGGCUGCAAUUUCACUGGCAACAGGGACCCUUUGAGCCAGGGCGCACUUCCAGGUGGAGUGAGCGUGUUUUCAACUGAUUCCAGGCCACUCGAACCAUCGAAUUUUGUUAAUUUCAAUGGGCCAGCCAAGUCAGGUGGCGGUGCGGUGUUUGCACAGCAGUUCACAAAAGUGAGGAUCAGCGAAUCGAUUUUCGAAUCCAAUUUUGCAGCACCAGCUGGGGGUGCACUCACACUGUUGGACAACAUGCAGGUGCUGGUGUCUGGGAGCACAUUCAGAAACAAUGAGGCAAGGGAAGGCCAGGUGACCUUGCAGGCAGCCCAGAUUGUACGAAACGAAGCGCAAGGGAAUGGUGGUGGAGUCGCUGCGGUCCAGUCCCUUGCCAGUGGAAUAGUGAGCUUCCUGAAUGCCAACUUUAUCUCAAAUUUGGCCAAGUUUGGAGGGGCCGUCCAUGUGGACAGUGUUGCCAAAUUCAGGAUAAAUGGGGCGACCAACGCCUUUUCAAAUCUCACUAAAAACUCAGCCCUUGCCGGAGGGGCAGUUUAUGCUCAACUUCGCCACCCUGUUGCAAACAAUCUGGAGAUCUCCCGAACACAAUUUGAGCACAACACAGUGGUAGGCACGCUGGAAGCGGUUGGUUUCGAGCUGGUAUCAUUUCCCAGGAGGAACCCUGGUGUGUCCAAGCCAGCUCAAAGUGCCUCUGAGCUGAUGGACAGCAUAGAUACUGCAGCUGACAAUCCCUGCACACCUGGCGGUGGAGGUGCAAUCUGCUUGGCUCUCACACGCAUUGCGGAGAGGGUGACCAUCGUCGUGGAUAUAAAGGAAUCCAGAUUCGCUGAUAACAGUGCCUCCACUGGAGGUGGUUUGUUUAUUGGGACUGCAAGAGGAGCAUCAUGGAGGGCACCAAACACGUGCGGCAUGGCCACUGGAGAUUCCGAUGGCUUUGCAACCAUGGCGUGCAGGGAGCUGGGCCUGCAAGAUUUGAAUUUCACUAACAAUGCAGCAGAGAACAGUGGCAGCGACAUUUUUGCAAGUUAUCCGCAUGAUGUGUGGAUUGCAGACAAGGGCCGCCUGAGCAAGUUCUCCACACUAGCCAUGGCCCGUGAGGGGAUGACUGACAUUGGGCAGCGGGCAUCCAUCGCCUCUGCAGUCAGCAGGCUCAGCAUCUCUUCUGGCUUGCAAACAAAUGGGUUUCUUGUGAAGGAUCAUCCUGGGGGCGAAUUUUUGCCCACAGUCACUGUGACAGUUCUGGAUGCCUACAAUCAAACGAUACUGGCAGGAGUGACAGACUCAAGCCUACUGGUGACUGCCACAGGAAACUGUUCGGAUGGCAAAGACUGUGUGACUGGGCAACGGAGGGUCUCUGCAGAGAACGGUGUCGCAACUUUCGAUGCCAUAAGCGUGGUCACCAGUCCAGGAACCUACUCCCUCAGCUUUGGUGCUGAGGGCGUUGACCCAGUAACAGCAAAUUUUUCCAUCAGAAAAUGCAGGCCGGGAGAAGUGAGCAUAAGGAGGGGGGCCGUGAACGUGUGCAGAGUCUGUGAUGCAAAUGAGUACAGCUUUAGCCCCGAGGUGGAGUGCAGGGAUUGUGACUCUCGAGCGACUUGUCCUGGCAGGGCUGCCCUGGUCCCUCUGGAUGGCUUCUGGCACUCCAGUCCUUUCUCCACACAGCUGCAUCGCUGCCUGGUGCAUGAGGCAUGUAGCUUUGUGCUGGAGCCUGUGGUGGAUGGGAAUUGGACAAGACAAGAGAGGAGCACAAUAUUGGGGGAGUUCUAUGUUGGUCUUGAGUUGGAAGUUGUCAAGGAAGCCAAUGAAACAAUGAAGGUCUUCAGCAAUGAAGAGUACCAGCAGUGCAGAAAGGGGUAUCAGGGUGUGCUCUGUGCCUCCUGUGAACCACGGUUUGGCCACCUGCCUGGGGGAGAGUGCAUCAAGUGCACUGAAGACCAGGGAUUGACAGUCUUCUACACUGUACUCAUCUUCUUGUGGAGCCUAGUGUUGGUAACUAUCGCAAUCCGAAGUGCACAGUUGAGUAUCAAAAACCUUGCAGAGGCAAGGGCAUGGACCAAGACCUCUUUCAACACAAGAUCAGGGCGUGGAUCCUAUAGUGAGGCUGAACAGUCUGCAAGCCUGCCCACUGCGACUGAAGGUGCCACGAUUGCUGUGUCUGUCCCUGCUCCAGAGACAAAAUCUGAGGGAGGGGCCGCCACGUCCCUUGCCUCUACCACAUCUAUGAGCCACAGCAGGAAGCCCAUAAGGUCGAUUUUGGACAGAAGCAGCACCCAGGCCACAGCACUGCCUGUGGGCAUAGCUGAAUGUGCGCCUGGUGACCAGGAAGUGUCCAUCAUCCACAUUAUUGCCGCAGAGAAAAUAUCUGAAACCCUGAAGAUCGCCACGAACUUCCUCCAAGUGACAGGCAUCGCAGUUACCAUCAACGCGGACUGGACUGCAUCAGUGAAGAGACUGUUGGGGGUGUGGGACACCUUGGUGGCCUUCUCCAACAGUUCGUCUCUCUUUUCGAUGGACUGCGCACUGAGCGAGGGCGGCAGCGUCCCCCGCUCCAUCCGCGGCACCAUCUUCCGCAUUUUCUUUCCCGCCCUCAUCUACAUCGCCAUAUCGUCCGUUAUCUUCGCCUUGUACAGACGCCAGCUCAAGAGAAACCCCUCGGAGGCCGGCGGCUUCCUGCGUAGCAGGCUUGUCAUCAGCGCCCUUGCCCUCACCUUCUUCUCCUACCACAGCAUCAGCGAGGAGUUCAUGCGCACGCUGAACUGCGUGACGCUCGACGACCCGAACAAGGACGUCCCUGAGCUGAGGGGCUUCGCCAUCGCGCGGGGCAGAUUCUGGGCUGAAGACACCGCCGAGGUGUGCUUCAAUGGCGACCACGCCCUGCUGGCCUUUCUGUUGGGCGUGCCUGGCCUGUUGGCCUUCUCCCUCGGUGUCCCCGCCGUCCUGCUGUUUGUUCUCCUGAGGGCCCGGCGCCAGGGUCGCCUCACCGACCCCAAAUUCCUCAAUUCGUUCGGCUUCGUCUACCAAAACUACACGGAGACGCAUGUUUACUGGGAAGUCGUCAUUCUGACCCGAAAGGCCUGUGUUGGCGCGGUCGUGGUGUUCGGCUACGAGGCAGGGUCCAACUUGCAGGGCAUCAUGGCCCUGGGCCUGCUCAUUGUGGCGCUGGUCGUCCACACAGUUGCCCUGCCGUUUAAGUACGACGCCCUCAACCUGGCGGAGGGGUUCUCCAUACUCGUGUCCAUCCUGACGUUCUACUCCGGGAUCGUGUUCAACGACGAGAACACGUCGACCGUGGCGGAGACGCUGCUGUCCAUCCUUGUGUACAUUGCCAAUUUGGGCGUCAUCGUGGCCCUGUUGUACAUGCUGCUGCGAUACUUGGACGUCUUUACGACGGCGAAAUUGGUGCGGAGGGGGUUGGGCGUGCCGUCCACGCUGCCUGGCCGCUUAUCCCGCCUGGUGUUCAACGCCGCCAGGCAAUCCAAAAUGUUGAUGGGCGUGGCUGCCUGCUUGGGCUGCCUUUUGAGGAUGGGGAGGCGCGGUAGGGCUACAGGGGGGGCCGCGCAGUUAUGA